GGCGCUCGGAUCGCGGCGCCUCCGGCUCCCCGCGCCGCUCCCCGCCGGACCGCGCACCCGCAGGCGGCGGCCGUGGCCGGUGGGCUCCCGCGGGCGCGGCGGUGCGUGGUCGGUGGGCGCCCGGGAAGGAGCGCCGCGGAGCCCGCCGGGUCCCCGGGAGGCGAUGUCGCCGGGCGCGGGCCCCUGCGUACGGCGGGCGCCGCGACAGGCCGGCCGGUGAGGCGCCGCCGGGGGAGGCCGCGACGGGAGCGCCCGGACCCGCCAUGGGCUGAGACACGUCCUCGCCGAGCAGAACAUGCCGGGGUGACCCCCUCCCAGACCUUCCUGGUGGCCUUCCUCGCCCUCCCCAGUGACACUAUGCAACCCCCGCGUGACCUGCGAGGCCUCUGGCUCCUGCCGCUGCCCUGGUUGCUGCUCCUCGGCGAGGUGGCCAGAGCCGGCCGGCCGGUGUCCAGCUGCCCCGCCGCCUGCCUGUGCGCCAGCAACAUCCUCAGCUGCUCCAAGCAGCAGCUGCCCAACGUGCCCCACGCCCUGCCCAGCUACACGGCCCAGCUGGACCUCAGCCACAACAACCUGAGCCGCCUGCGGGCCGAGUGGACCCCCACGCGCCUGCCCCACCUGCACUCCCUGCUGCUGAGCCACAACCACCUGCACUUCAUCUCCUCCGAGGCCUUCUCCCCGGUCCCCAACCUGCGCUACCUGGACCUCUCCUCCAACCAGCUGCGGACGCUGGAGGAGGCGCUGUUCAGCGAGCUGCAGGCCUUGGAGGUGCUGCUGCUGUACAACAACCGCAUCGUGGCCGUGGACCGCUCGGCCUUCGAGGACGUGGCCCAGCUGCAGAAGCUCUACCUGAGCCAGAACCAGAUCUCCCGCUUCCCCCUGGAGCUGGUCCGGCUCCCCAGGCUGACGCUGCUGGACCUCUCGGCCAACAGGCUGAAGAGCCUGCCCGUGUCCGACCUGCAGAAGCUGCCCGCGUGGGUCAAGAACGGGCUGUACCUGCACAACAACCCCCUGCACUGCAGCUGCGAGCUCUACCAGCUCUUCGCGCACUGGCAGCGCCGGCAGCUGAGCCCCGUGGUGGACUUCCGGGAGGACCUGCACUGCGUGAGCGCCAAGAAGCAAUACAGCGUCUUCAGCCUCAACUGCAGCGAGUACCAGGAGCGGGCCCGGGAGGCCCACCUGGGCGACGCCCUGACCAUCCAUUGCGACACCAAGCAGCAGGGGAUGACCAAGACGUGGGUGACGCCCAGCAACGAGCGGGUGCUCGGCGGCGCCGCCGCCGCCGCGGCCAACGGCACCGUGCGGGUGUUCGAGAACGGCAGCCUGCACUUCCAGGGCGUGCAGGUCGAGGACGGGGGCGUGUACACCUGCUUCGCCGUCGGGGAGGCUUUCAACGAGACCCUGUCGGUGGAGCUGAAGGUGCACAACUUCACCCUGCGCGGGCACCACGACACCCUCAACACGGCCUACACCACCCUGGUGGGCUGCAUCCUCAGCGUGGUCCUGGUCCUCAUCUACCUGUACCUCACCCCUUGCCGCUGCUGGUGCCGCGGCGUGGAGAAGCCUGCCAGCCACCAGGGAGACAGCCUCAGCUCCUCCAUGCUCAGCACCACGCCCAACCACGACCCCAUGGCCGGCGGGGACAAGGAGGAGGAUUUUGACCGGCGGGUGGCCUUCCUGGAACCUGCCGGACCUGGGCAGGACCAAAACGGCAAGCUCAAGCCGGGCAGCACCCUGCCGGUGCCCGAGGCCACGGGCAAGGGGCAGCGGAGGAUGUCGGACCCGGAGUCGGUCAGCUCGGUCUUCUCUGACACGCCCAUCGUGGUGUGAGCGGGACGGGGUGGUGGGGAGGUUCCGCCCCAGGAGAGGUAACGCGCCCCUGAAGGAUGGGAGGGGACGGAGGAGAGGGCUGGCUGCCCGAGGGCGUGGGUUCCCCCUGACCUCGAGAGAAUGGGUCACGGGUACAACAGGAGGCAAGGCCCCGGCCAGGGUGCGGCCGCCAUGAUUUUCAGAUAUGGAUAUAUCAGCCCUCAGGCCAACGCUACACCCUCCCCAAAGCCCCGGCUUCUGUCCAGGCGGCGAAGGAGGGGGGGCGUG